AAAAGCGUCGGUAUGGUGAACGAGAAAGAAUUCUGGACGGAGAUUCGUAAGGACAUACCGCGAUACAAGAAGAGGAAACCGCGGGUCGUACCCGCCUUCACCAUCCAGGCUCUGCAGGAAAACACGAUCGUCGCGAAGCCGCCGCGAUGCAGGCCGUACAAACCCCGGCCGCCCAAGCCGUCGACCUUCCGCAAGUUCUACAAACGCGGCCUGCUGCCCAUCUCCUUGGAGAACGACGGUUAUGAUCAGAAGAUCAAUUGGAAGGUGGACAUUGAGGACUUGGACUUCCACCACUACCUGCCGAUGUUCUUCGACGGACUGACGGAGACUGAGCAACCGUACAAGUUCCUGGCGGAGCAAGGGAUAUCGGACAUGCUGGAACACGGUGGGCCGAAGAUCCGGCCGGUUAUCCCUCAACUGAUCAUUCCUAUUAAGAACGCUUUAAACACGAGAAUGCCUGAGAUAAUUUGUACCACGAUGAAGGCUCUUCAACGUUUAGUACGUUCGGCCGAUUGCAUCGGUGAGGCUCUAGUCCCGUAUUUCCGGCAGAUUCUACCCAUCCCGAAUUUGCUCAAAGAUAGAAACGUGAAUCUCGGAGAGGGCAUCGAUUAUUCACAGCAAAGGGGAGAGAACGCAGCGGACCUCAUACAAGAAACGCUGGAGAUACUGGAGAGAUACGGCGGCGAAGAUGCGUUUAUAAAUAUCAAAUACAUGGUUCCCACCUAUGAAUCUUGUAUGAUGAAUCAAUAGAUAGAAAAUGACAUCACGCAAU